CCUCAGCUGAUCCUGGAACGGCGGCCGGAGAGGCUGAGGAGCCGAGAGAAGCCACUUGUCGUUGCCGAGCAGCGAGCGCCGGUCGUCGGCUUCGUCUUCGUCACCUCUCCGCUGCUUCCAGGAAGUUGAAUGUCUGCGUUACCGUCGUUUCCAUGGCCACGUCGAUGCAUCAUCAUCACCCUCGUCAUCCUCUUGACUUCGUUACCGCGCCUUUUUGCAGGUCGACUGAGUAACUGCACGCACCCGCUGGUGCCCGAGCAUGGCGGCUUCCGCUGCGAGCCGUCGCCCUGCCGAGGUUUCCCCCACAAGAGCUCCGUGCGGCUGUUCUGCGAGGACGGCUACCGAGCGGCCAAGUCUGCCGUCUCCUGGUGCCGCGACGGCGCCUGGAAGCCGCCCAUUCCCGCCUGCGUCCGCGUCAGAGGGGGCGCUCGCAUUAACGCCAAAAGCGGGGCCGACUUUAGCAUGCCCAACAUGGCCACCACGGCCGUGGGCGUGUCCAUUUUCCUGCUCACCACCACCGCCUGCCUGGUGGUCAAGUCCCGCCUCUGCUCCUGUCAAUCACACGGCAGGCGCCGGUCCUCGGAUCAGCUGGACCUGAUGAGCGAGGGCCUCCACGUGUCGCUGCCCUCCUACGAAGAGGCGGUGUACGGCAGCUGGGGUCAGCCCCUCCCGCCCUGCCGCUCUCCCCCGCCGGGACCCGUCCAGCUCCUGCUGGCCCGGGAGCCGCCCGACGACCGACCCCGCCCCGAGACCGGCCCGCCCCCUUACGAGGAGGCCCAAUCACGGAGGAACGACAGCAGACGGAUCGCCGUUUCUCAGUCGGACGACAAAGCCGUUUAAAGGAUAAACUGAGAUGAUUUUUGAUUGACAGCUGGUGGAUGUGACGACUCGGCACUUUUUCUUUUUUUUCUUUUUUGGGGUCGGACGCCGCGGGGUGGCGUCCAGACUAAAGCCGAUUGGCCAGUUUGCACAUAUUGGACUUUCCGUUUGUCUUAUAUUGUACGCGUGCAAUCCGAUGACGUCGAACAAAAAGUGGACCGCGCGCUCUGCGUCCAUCGUUGGGUCCGCCACGGUCAACAGGCUCUGACUUCCGGUCAGGGCAAAAAGUACAGUAACAUACACGCAUUUGUAUGAAAAACGAUGUGAUAAACAUAUUAAAAUUAAUUAUGAAGGUUAAGCUGAAAUACACUUACCGGUGAAAAGUUACAUCUUUGCGACCGCUUGCUUGGUUUUGACAAAAAUGCUCAAACUAACGUAUUCCAAUUUAAUUCCAUGUUAUUAAUUUUUACACAAUGUACAAUUGCGAGGAUGUCAAAGGACGUCAACAAUCACGUGAACUCGUACAAAUUGCAAUGUUUUGCCCUAACCGGAAGUUGACCCCGUGAAAGAAACUUUUUAUUCGACGUCAUUGGCGCAAUCGCGCGAUGCUAUAGAAACAAGUGUGUUGUCAUGGCAACCAACCAGCGCCCCCCCCCCCCCCAGCCAUGUACUAUGAUGCUAUUUUGGACAAUUUAUUAAUACUGUUGGAGUCUCGAGACGACGUUAUAGAGAGGAAGUUGUCGGGUCCAAUAUGAGUAUUCAAAUAACCUCGGUUGGAAACCAUAACCCAUAUUUGCAACCGUAAUUAGAACGGUGUGAAAGCGACUGCAGAUGGCUGCUUGGUUAUUUCGCGUCGCCUUGCGAUCGAUCGGCCGGCGACCGGCUUAGGGCGUCGCCCGACUCUCACCCAGAGUCAAGUGUGAUGUGCUCCGGCAUGCCCGUGACCCCAGCCAGGAUAAGCGGUAUGGAAAACGGAUGAAUACAUAAGUAAAAGUGAUCCAGAUGCGCCUUUCUGCUUGACCCAAGAGCCGAAAAUGUUGAUUAAGUAGAUGAACUUGCACAAUGAAUUUUUUUUUCUUCUAAUGAACGCCAUGCUGUAAUUAAUAUUGACAUGAUAUAUAUAUAUAUAUAUAUAUAUAUAUAUAUACAGACAUAUAUAUUGUACCAUUAUAGUUUUUUUUUUUUUUUUUUUGCUGUAUUCCGUGUCAUUUCCUUUUUGACGUUUGAGUUUAUUUGAGUGGAAUUUGCCACCACAACAGGAAACCAGAAACCACACAGGAAGAUGUUUUCAUUAUUGAUUACGUGGUAUGAUUUAAAAAGGGAAAAAAAAAGACCCAUCAUUAUUAGUCACCGCAUAAAUAGAAGAAGAAGAAGAAGGCCCAAUUAACAAACGUGUGUUUAUUAUGACCUCUACAAUAUGUUUGUCAUUUCAACCAAGUUGGGGACAUUUUUCAGCGACAUUCUUCUGAAAUGAUGAGUUGGCUGCGGGUGACAAAUUGACCCCCCCCCAUCCCCCAAUCACAUAACUUAAUAACAUAAUUUUAGUAAGCUAAAACAACAAUCCAUGCAGUACCAGCAAAUAAAAAUAAACCACUCAGGAAAAAAUAUUGCCACAAGCACAAUUUGAUCCAAAAAAAAUUCAGCAGUAGUGUAGCGUGUCAGUUUUUUUUUUUCCAAAAUUAAAAUUUCAGUAAUUUUAGUAAGCUUCAUAAUUGCCUCUUGGGCCUUGUUUUUAAACGUUUUCAAUCAUGCAAAGCUCUGAGUUAGUGCGUGUAGGAAAAGUGCUUUUCCAAGUAAAUUUGCUUUGCUCAUUUUACUCUGAGGUGAACUGGAAACAAAUUUUCGUUUUGUCAAAAGAGAGAAGUCGACUUUCUGUAAAGCGACCGCACGUGCAAAUUCUCUUUUUUUUCUCACGCACACACAUGAAUGAGCGCGACGUUAUUGAGGUAUGACAACACUUUUUGGUGUCAUUUGUCAUUUUGACUUGAGAAACGCGGGGGAAAACCUCCGUGAUCGUCGAAUCCUCGUGAGCGCGAGCGAGCUUCGAAGACGUCGCGUUUGAAAGCCUCGCUUGCCAAGAUGGCCGACGUCUUGAGACAAAAAGGAAUUUAUGCAUACUGAGCCGGAUAAAUGUCAUGUUUGAUGGCUCUGUGGUGACAUCUUUUUUUUAUUAAAAAAUGAAAACAAAAAACCAACAUGAUCCCAGAGGUGCUUGUCUCGGUCCAUUUAGCCUAACUCGGAGGAAAUGGUUUCACCCGUAUUGUUGAAUGCAGAAGUGGCAAACACGGACGCACACACUAUAUUGCGCAAGGCCCAAAUAGACGAGAAGUUAUGAGGCAUGUAUUUAAAAAAAAAACAAAACAAAAAAAAAAGCCACAGUUUUACCUCAUUCAUGGCUGGCGAUUUGACUAAUGUGGAAAUGGAGCUUCCGCAGAAAUGAAGGUUAAAACUGACCUGACUUCUACACUGAAUAAUAAUUAUAUUUGAGACAUUUUCACCCUUUAUUGUUCAAAUACUUGAUCAUUCAGCAGUAUAUCAUUUUUUUUUUCUUCUCCAUGUCAUAAAACAUUUAAUAGCUCCCCCGGUGAACUUUUAUUUCACAUUUUAACAUUCUCAGUUUUCCACUGUAAAUGCGUAUGUAUGUAAAUAAUAUGCGUGCGUGAUAGUGAUGGGAUAGCCCAAAAAAAUGGAGGAUUUUUGGGGCCCAAUCACCAAUCGACAAGUUUAUCGACCGAUACCGAUCUUAUUGGGGAAAAGUCUCAUUGAUUGGAAGCUAUUUGUCACAAGAAGUGAGAGGCCAGCCCCACAAAUGUGUCUGCAGACACAUUGAAGAGAGUUGACUCUGUUUUGUAUACAGAAUUAUGGAAGCGUAUUGCUUCCACACCCAAAAAAAAAAAAAAGGGGGGGGGGUCGUUAUCACGUUAUAACAUGAUAUGAGAUUCGGCCCGCCACAUGAUUUUAUGUGGCCUGCGGAGCCAAAUCUGUGUCAAUUUACACGAUUCUUGCAAAAUCUGUACCAAAAUUUCAAGUUGGCAUUAUCAAAAAUGAUAUCGCAAGCAUUUUUUUUUUGUUACUAGCUGACAACAUGAACAUUGCCCUUGAUAGUUUCUAAGACUAGUUCAUAAAUUGAUCAUUUCAAUAUGAUGAGACUAUUUUUAUUGUUUCAUAGUCAAAACGGGCCUCUGAGGGGAGCUCGAACUACAACGUGGCCCACGAG